AUGCAAUCUAUCUUCAGUUUCAAUGGUGCUGAUGUAAGUGGAUUCAAGUCAUUCCGCAGAGAUUUUCAACCUCAUAAGGAGGUCAGACUAAAUAAGAAUUAUCGUUCUACCCGCUGUAUUGUUGAUGUUGCUUCAUUUCUUAUACAAAAUAAUUCGAAACGAAGUCAGUUAAACAAGGUUGUUACUGAUAAUUCUUCUGGUUCUAAGAUUAUUGUUAAAGAAUGUUGUAAUGAGGAUGCGCAAUGUUCGUUUGUUGUUGACAAGAUAUUAGAACUCACUUCGUCGGGUUCAUCUGUUAAAGGCGCUUUUGGAGAGAUUGUGUCAGGGAAAAUGUUCCAAACAGCUUUCCGUGAAAGAAAAAUCCCGUUUAACGUUCACGGGGUCGCGUUUUACAGAAAAAAGGUGGUAAGGGCUAUUAUAUCUAUGCUUAAAACAACAUUGGUGGUGUGUGAUGAUGGGUCAUUUAGGCGAGUGUUCAAGGCCCUGCUAAAUCUAGAGAAAGACGAAAAGAAAAGGAUAAUUGACCAUAUUAAUAAAGUUUCAAGUGUAAGAAAAUGUAGCUUCAUAUUUGCUGCUUCUGAUAUCUUCAGUGCAAAGAUCUCUGGUACCUUAAAAAUGAGUCAACUCACCCAAGGUCGUAAGGUGGUGAAUACUUUAGAAAUGAUUUCAAAACUUGUCCACAGGGCUAUAGAACAAUUAAUUGAAAAUUCACCUUUUGAGUUGUUUGUGGCUUUCAGAUUAUGGGGUAUGGGGCGUGGGUUGGGUACAAACGCCCAAGUCACUACUCUGGAUGGGCUUGAGUUUUGGCAUGGCCCUUUGGGCGGGGGUUUCGCUAGCUACCGGUACAACGUGGGGAACGACUGGCACAAUUUAAACGCGUGCCAACACAAGUGGCGCGAGUUACGACCGAAGCUCGAUCGUUUUAAAGCCUACUACAACAGCGUCUCGGGCGGUGAUAUAAGUCACGAAGAGCGGAUGGCGGUGGCCAACAUCGAGUUCCGGGACAAGCUCGCCAUUUUCGAAAUCUACCUAACGCUUUAG